ACGGUGGGACUCGGAGUCGCUGGGCGAUGACGUCAGAGCAGGAGCGAAUGAACGCCAUGGCGGCUCAUGCUAGCGAGCUGGAGAUCGCAAAGAAGAAUUUAACCGAUGCGAUCGGCGAUAACGUCAAACAUUACUGGGCAAAUCUGAAACUAUGGUUCAAACAGAAGAUCAGUAAGGAGGAGUUUGACAUUGAGGCCCGUCGUCUGUUGGCACAGGAGAAUGUCCAUGUUCACAAUGAUUUCCUCCUGGCCAUUCUCACACGCUGCCAGAUCAUCGUCUCCACACCAGAGGGCACUGGGCCAUCACAGUGGCAAGGUGGCUCUGCCUCAAAGCCUGGCAAACCAAAAGGGAAGAAGAAAUGUUCCUCGAGACAGAAAUUCGAUCAUCGGUUCCAGCCUCAGAACCCUCUGAGCGCCGCCCAGCCCUUCAGCCCAAGAGAGGCGGGAGGGGAGGAGGAGGAUCUGCGUCUCAGCGCCCACACGCUGCUGCUGCCCACGCGGGGCCAGCUCGAGGCCCGUAUGAUGGUGACAGCGUUUGAGCUGGGCCUGGACAACAUCACAGAUGAUGCUGUCAGCACUAUGAUCUAUGCUGUGGAGCAUCACCUGAAAGACGUCCUGACAGCGGUAAUCACCCGGAGGAAGGCGUAUCGGCUAAGGGAUGGUCAUUUCCCUUACGCCUUUGGCAGUGACGUCACGCCGCAGCCUUAUCUGAAAAACAGUCUUGCUGCUUACAACAGUGUUACUGAAUGUCCUCCUCCAAGUGCUUCUCUCCCUGCUGGCCCACCCCCUCAAGUGUCACCUGAUGAGGCUGAACAACAAGCUGUCCACUUAUUGGCUUGUUCUGCCGACAUUCUUCCUGUGCCACUCUCUCCAAUCAGCUUGUUCGAUCUCCUGGAGGCGUUACAGGUUCACCAUGGCGUGAUGCCCUCCCACACCAUGUAUGCCCUAAACAUGGAGCGCAUCCUGUCGCGGCUCUGGCACCCCAGCCACGAAGAACUAGAACAAGACCACGUACACCGGCAGCGGCUUGCUGGGAAAGAGGGCGUGCACGUCAGCUGAGGAGCACCGACGCAGGAAUGUGUAUAAACGGUGGAACUCAUCAGGAACCAAACGUGAAACUUAUCCUCAAACACAAAUGGACCAGCUAUAGUGGGUUCAGAAAAAAUAUAUUACGAAAACUGAAAAUGUUCAUUAAUGUUGCACAGAGAAGGGAUGAGUACAGCAGGAUGAAAGAAAAUAUUUGGAUAGUGGACACAGAGUGGGCCGCCAUCUCCUGCCAACAGCCAGUCGCUGACAAAUAAGCACUGUAGCUGCUUUAUUCUUGUGUGUCUAGUCAGCCAAUUUGACGGUCGAGCAGCCAUAACUUUAAAUUCUGUCAUAUAGUGAGAUUCUAAAUGGGAGGAUGUGAUAUUUGUGUUUCAUUUUACUGCAGCUAUGAGAGCGCUGGACAAGAAAAUCUUAUUUCCGGCCCAACUUGCACAGAGUUUUGUUUGUGUGGAUUUGAAGCAGGAAUCAAGUGAAGUGUGGCUGCGUUGCCUGCAGUUCAUCUUGUUCACAUUGUCAGAUAUGCACCACAGCCAUUGAUAACAAUAGCCUGUAAGAAAACAUUACAGCCUAUAUCUAAUCACAUAGCACUGUGUACAUGACCAGGUCACAACAUACUGCACGGAGAAAGAAAAAAUCCAUGCUGGUGUUUUUAUGACAUCUGGCUGAUUUGACCUCAUGUUAGGCUGAAGUUGGGGUCAAUGCUAUGGUGAUGUCUGCUUUAAUGGGCCAAUCAGAUUGAUGAAGAUGGGUACAGUCUCUCCUUUACAGAUGUCAUUCAGGCAGUUUGUAUCCCAAGAGGAGGUCUAAUGGAGGAGUAAGUGAAAACAUCUCUGUCAUUUUACUGUGGGUGCGUUGGGUCUUUAAAAUCGUCAUGAGUGAAACGAACUCCUCCUGCCUUUCUUAAACCUACAGCGAGGAAUAUUCCUACAACUUUCAGUUUCCUCAGUGUCGGUGGUCCACAUUGUGUGUGUGUGUGUGUUCACCACCUGUGUCUGGUACAGGUUUAAUGUGUAUACAUUUGUAUCUUUUUCUACACAAAUGUUUGUAUUUGGUUAAUUUUACAGACAGCACUUGUCUAAAUAAAUAACAUCCAUCUUUUAUUUUUACGACAUAUUUUUAUCUAAAUAUGUUUUUUUCUGUACAUCAAUACACUUCCAACGUGUAUAAGCAAGUCAGAUUUUUUCUUUCUUGCUGUAUUGGUUUCUUCUUCUGGGAGACACCAGCUGCAGUGGGAGGAUGGUGAUUCACUCACUCUCUCACACACACACACGGCUUGGCGCAGGACCUCUUGCCAUAUUUGGCCGCUUGCAGCCAACUUCCGACACCUCGCUGUCCAAUAGGAGGCAGCGCAGCUUCAGCCAUUACGCACACGUCGCUCUCUACUCUGGUGACUCAACAUCCCGUCCGCCCAGUUCCUUCAAUAACAAACACUUCACAUACAGACUUGAAUUAUCCCAUGUUAUACACUUCAAUCCCAUCCACUGAUUGUGCAGUACACACAAGUACUAACGCGUGUCCAACGUUUUAUUUAAUCAUAUUUACAGUCGAAGUGCUCGAAAAUACAGCGUAGAAAUAUUAUUACAAAGUGUUAAUUCAGGUCUAACAUUAGUUACACUUAUAUCACAAAGCUGUUUGAACACAGGGGUUAAGAAAGUAAGGCAGUAUUUGUCAGUAAACGCUACACACACCUACAAGAGUCCGUGCGUAAAGGUGUGAAACUUUUUGUUUUUAAGUGUUAAAUCUGUACAUGUCGACUGCUCGCUGGUGGGAUACUCAGUGCUAGA